CUUGACUAGGUAAACAAACAGGAGUAAUUGAGCAUGAGGCGAGCACCAUGAAUUUGUUCAACUGAGCUGAGCUUCUAUAGAACCACAAUGUCAAGACGGCUCCAUUCUUUUCGUUCUGGUGGCAUUUCAAGAAGUAAAUCAGAGGGAACAUUAAUCGAUUUGGAUGGACCGAAUGUGCAAACAAGCAAACCAGAGAAAACAGGACAGGAAUUUGAUCUUCUUAUUGACUGGUCUGAUGUGUUUAAUGACCAUGCCCAGACUACGGCAAAGCAUGCUAACCCUUUUUGGAAUGGACUUUCUGAAUCCAACCCUUUCUUGGAUGAUGUGGUUCAAGCUAAUACAUGUUCAAAAACUAACGUGUCUAUCCUAAAAGAGGACCCGUACAUGCUGUUUAGGGAUUCAGUCAAAAGAAAUUCAAUAUCAAGUUCUGGGGAUGAACUUGAUAUAGAUCAUUUCCUGGGAAAUUCACCAGCAAACAGAUCUGCUAGAUCUAAAAGUGUAUCCUAUUUGGAUGUUAUAGAUGUUAAGGAUAUCGAUGGACCAAUAAUUGAUGACCAGAUUCUGGCUCCAGACUUGGAAUGGCUACAAAAUGACCGGGAAGCCUAUAAGAUGGCUUGGUUAAGUCACAGGCAGCUGACACGAUCAUGUCUUGAUUUGGACGUUAUAAGCCAGAGCCCAGGAUGGGCACAAACACAAGCUACAGACACACACAUAGUUUGCAAAGUAGAUCACAAAGGUGGUUCUGUGCAGCUUCCUAACUCUGAUAUUACCAUUCAUGUCCCUGAAGGUCAUGUAGGUGCUGGUGAGUUUCAGGACAUCUCCUUAAAAGCUUUUCUUGAUCCACCAGUAUCUCUCAACAGUAACAUGUCAACUACUGUUAGUCCUUUUCUGGAAAUAACAUUAAGUAAUAUUAAUACAGUUGAGGCGCUCUUACUGGAAAUGAAAAUUACGGCUGAGGUAAAGAACGAUCCAUACAGCCAAGUCAUGACAGAGAUUGCAACAUUUUAUAGCUACAACAAAGAUGGCCCAUUUGAAAAAAUCCCAUAUGGUUACAUUUACAAUAACAUACUACAAAUCAAGUUACCUAUUCUGAGUCAUGAUACUUAUAUAGUAAGUGCAGCUGUAGCCAAAUCAUCUCAGAGCCCAGUUACAUCUGUUUAUAAUUACAUCCAGAAGAGUAUAACAGUGGCAGUGUAUGGACCAAAACAUAUCCACCCAGCCUUCACUACAGUCUUAGCAGUUUUGGGACACAACUAUACUCCAGACAAACUUACAGUUGAUGACAUUAAACGACGGGGAAAAAAUAUGCCACCUCUAGUUUUCCAGCUCUGGGGAAAACAUCAGUUUGUUCUUGAUCAUAUGCAAGAUGUGCUUGUUGAUUUUGAUUCAAGUGACUCCAAUUUUUCAGUGAAAGCAGCAGAUAAUAAUAAUGAAAUCAAAGAACCACAGUUAAAGACAGGCAAAACAGUUCGGACUCAGUUUUCCUUUUCAUUGGCAGGAGGUCAAGAAGCAUCCCCAUUUGUUUUUUCAGUCCUGGUCAAGGAUUCUAAAAGGUCUUUGUCUAUAUCAGAAUUUACAGUUGAGACUCCAAAUCCUGCACCUAAAAUACACAUUACACCAACAAAUCAGACUCGUUCACAAAAACGCAGGGAAAUAAUGUCUACAGCCGUUCUGCCAGUUAUCCAUACUAUUAAAUAUCCACAGUUUCAAGAUAGAACAUUGAAGAUCAACAACUUUGCCGUGACUUUAAAGACUGUUUUGCGUCAGCAAAAGAUUGACUACUUCCUGGAGUAUUUUAAAGGAGACACAAUUGCGCUUCUUGGUGAAGAUAAAGUAAAGGCUAUUGGCCAGACCAAAAUUAAAGAGUGGUAUGUUGGUGUUUUGAGAGGGAAAGUAGGUCUUGUCCAUUGUAAAAAUGUCAAAAUAAUUUCUAGAGAGCAAGUCAUUGACUUUUCGGAUGUCCAUUUUUCAACUAAGAUGCUUUUGGAACAGAUAGCGCUACCAUUCAAAAAAUUAACAUACAUCUACUCAUCGGUUCUGUCAAAUGUGUCAGACAAAGUGUAUGACUGGAGAUGCUUAGCUGAUGCCCUUGGAUACUCACAUUUGUCACUGGAUGAUCUUAAUCACACUCUUCUUGCAAAAGAGUCUGAUAGAGUUGCUGCUUUGGUGAAAAAGCUGAAGGAAGAUUGCCAUGCUGACUCCAAAAAGAGAAAAUUUCACUCUGAACUUAUUAUGGGUCUGUUGAAGAUUGACUGUCAAGCAUUAGUAGCUCGGCUAACACAAGACACAGUAAUUCUGACUGCCGCUGUGCAGCUAGGCAUACGUUGGAGGGAGCUGGCUGAGAAACUAGCCAGACUUACAAAGCAACAGAUUGAAGCAUAUGAAAUCCCUCAUCAAGGAAAGACCGGAGAAGUCGGUCCACAGAUGAUGUGGAAGCCUGCCUUUGACUUUCUCUAUACCUGGGCAGCUCACUAUGGCGAGAGUUACAGAGAUGUGCUACAAGACCUGCACUGUGCAUUGGACAAGAUGAAAUAUCCCGUCACCAGGCAGUGGAGGGAGCUGACAGGAGCUCUCAUCUUUGUCAACUGUUUGGAGAUAUUCCAAAUGACUUCAUUCAGCAAGUUAGAAGAUGAAUUUUGAAUACAGUCACUCUAUUGUUUAUUUAUGCUCAAAGACAUAUGGACCUUUUUAUUGUUCAAACGUACAUUGAUUUUCAUGAUUUUCCGGCAGUAGGAUUUGCCAUUUAUGCAGUUACUAAGGUUUUUCUAUAUGCGGUCUUGCUAAUUUUAUUUUUCUACAUAAUAUCAGUGUCAUUAGCAACAUUCCAGCUGGCAGGUGCCAUAGCAACCCAAACAGUGUUCUAAAAUUACCGAGCAACUAGUGCAGCAACAUACUUUGCCUUUUGUAUAUAAAUGCCAAGCACACAAUGUUUUUAGUGUCCUUUUGUCCGGUUAUAUAUUUAUUUUUAGUUUCUAUAGGAAAGUGUUGUUAAUUAUGUUUAACUUUUUACAUGGUCUGUGUCAGUAUAAGUCUAUUAUGUAUCUAUUAUGUAUUACAAAAGUAAAAAGUGUCUGAAUAAUAUUGAUACUGUGAUGAUACCGUGUGCAUUAUAUUAAUAUUAUUAUUAUGUUUUAACAUUCAUACUGUGAUAAUCCCUUGUAAAUGAGCUUGUCCUAUUUAUGAUGCCAGCUAUUGUUACAGAACUGUGAGAUUACUCGUGCACAUAACAUGCAGUCUAGCUAGUAACUCCUCAGUGGCUCUUAAUGAUCAUUUA